AUGACAGAAGACUCGGCUGUUAAAGUCUGUGUCAGGGUCCGGCCACUGGCUGAGAGGGAGGAGAAUGCUGCUGAAAAUGCACAGCUCUAUUGGAAAGCUGACAAUAACUCUGUCCAUCAAAUUGACGGAGCUUCAGUCAAAAGUUUCAGUUUUGAUCGUGUUUUUACUGCUCAUGAAACGACAAAUCAACUUUACCAGACUAUUGCCAAACCUCUGGUCGUGUCUACUGUCCAAGGAUACAAUGGGACGAUAUUUGCCUAUGGACAAACUUCAUCUGGAAAGACCUUCAGCAUGAUGGGCUGUGAUAAAAACCCAGGAGUCAUUCCAUUGGCUGUAGAAGACAUCUUUCAGACCAUUCAGACUUGUUCCUCAAAGGAAUUCCUGCUCAGAGUCUCGUACAUGGAAAUCUAUAAUGAGACUGUGAGCGAUCUUUUGGUGGACAGUUGGAAGAGGAAGCCUUUGGAAGUCAGAGAGGCACUGAACAAAAACAUCUAUGUGGCCGACCUGAGUGAGGAGCUGGUGACGAGUACUGCACAAGCUUUGCACUGGAUUAGAUUUGGAGAAAAAAAUCGACAUUAUGGUAAAACCAAAAUGAAUGAGCGCAGCAGUCGCUCUCACACCAUCUUCCGAAUGAUUUUGGAAAGCCGGGAAAAGAGUGACUGUGAAAACUCAGACGGAGCCAUCAUUGUGUCUCAUUUAAAUCUCGUGGACCUUGCGGGCUCUGAACGAGCCAGUCAAACUGGAGCUGAAGGAGCCAGAUUCAAAGAAGGCUGCAACAUCAACAAGAGUCUGUUCACUCUUGGACAAGUCAUCAAGAAGCUAACGGAUGAAAGUCACAAGGGAUACACGAGCUACAGAGACAGUAAACUCACCCGUAUCCUCCAGAACUCUUUGGGCGGAAAUGCAAAAACAGUAAUCAUUUGCACAAUCACACCGGCUGCUUUUGAUGAAACCCUCAGCACUUUACAGUUUGCCAGCACGGCCAAGAAGAUGAAGAACGACCCCCACGUCACCGAAGUGUCUGACGACGGCGCUCUGCUCAAACGAUACCGCAACGAAAUCGUCGACCUCAAACGGCGACUUCAGGAGGUUUCGUCUGUGACUCAAAGCACCGCCACAGAGAAGGAGCUGCUCUCACAACUUCAAGAGAAAGACCAGCUGCAGCGAGAGCAGGAAGACCGGAUCCGGAACUUGACUAAUCUGUUGGUCAGCUCCAACCCCAACCCGGCACCUGUUCGGCAGGCUCCGAAACGCAGGAUGACCUGGGGCGGGAAGAUGCUUCGACUCGCAGCCACCUCCAGUGCGUCCUCUGAGGCUGUUCUUUCUGAAAUGGCCAAAAGGAGGAGAGUCAACGUCUCCUGCAUUGAGCCAUUAGAUCAAGAAUUCUAUCCUCCGUGGGAUGCGUUUGAGGAGCUCCCAGAAGACAUGGAUGCCACUCAAACCUCUAUAACAACACGCAGCUUUGGAGACAGUCCUAAAGAAUCAGCGUCUGGGGAGCAGCUGAGGGACUUGUCUGAGAAAAUGGCCGCCCUCGAGCAACAACUCGAGAUCGAGAGUUGUGAGAAAAGCGCGGCGGAGUCAAAGGCGAAAGCGUUGGUUGACAGAGUUACGGAGUUGGAACAGCAGCUGGAGGCGCAGCAGCGAGAGGCCAAGCUGGAGGAGGCGCAGCAGCGAGAGGCCAAGCUGGAGGAGGCGCAGCAGCGAGAGGCCAAGCUGGAGGAGGCGCAGCAGCGAGAGGCCAAGCUGGAGGAGGCGCAGACGGACGAAAAUCAGAUGCGGAGGCAGUUUUCAGAGGCCAUCCAGUUGUGUGAAUCUCUCUCCUCGGAAAAGGAUUUGUUGCUUGUGGAGCGCGAUUACCUCAAAGAGGAGCUGGGGCUGUCUCUGGAGCAGAUUCAAACACUUGAAAAAGAAAAAUCUUCUCUUUGCAAAAAACUUGAGGAAAAACAAGAAACGGACGAGUUUGAAAUGUUGGAAGCACAAAUCCGGAAAGAUGAUGAGCUUGAGCAGCGUGAGGAAAUAUCACUGUUAAAGUUGGUCAUAGAUUCAUCUGAACAGAAGUGUCUGGAGUUACAGACGGAAAUGGAAAUGUUGUCGCUUCAGCUGAAAAAGAAAUGUGACUUUAUCGAAGAGCUUCAGGCAAUGAACGGUAAAGAUUUGGUUCAAGAGGUGACUUUGCUUCAGCGCUCUCUGGGCGACGCCGAGAAGAUCAGCAUGGACACGAAGAAGGACUGGGCCUGUCUGCGUUCUCAAAAUAUGGAUCUGAAAGAGAAAAAUGGAACGUUGACUCUGAACGCAGAAAGUCAUGAACAUGAACUGGCCAGUCUACGCUCGCAGCUUGAGCGCGAGAAAUCCAAAUUCAAGAAAAUGCAGUUUGAUCUUCAGAAAGAGUUAAACAUUGCUUUCGAGGAGAACGUCAAACUGGGUUCUCUUCUCGACGGCAAAGUCCCUAAAAAUCUCAUCGACAACGUUGACCUCGAGAGAACGGUGACAAAGCUAAACAAGGACUUGACGGCGUGUCUGGAGAAUAACACGGAGCUCCACGUCCAACUGGAGGAACUGCAGCAGCUCCCCGACAAGAUGGCCGAGCUCUCCAAGCAGCUUGAAGAAAGUGAGUGUGUGAGAAAGUCCCUGACGGAGGAGCUGCAGGAGAUCCACACGCUCAAAAGGGAAUUGGAAGAAAAGGUUUCCAACUGUGAGGAGACCAGAAAAACUGAUGAAGACAUUCAGAAAGAACUCGAGGAACAACUGGAGCAGGCGGCGUCAGAGCUGCAGAACGCACAGGCCACAAAUGAGGCGGCCAUGUUGGAAUGGGAGAGCAGGCUGCAGUCGCUCUGUGAGGAGAGGGACGCCCUGCAACAGCGCAUGGAACAGGUUCCCGAGGCCGGAAGUCUUGUGCUUUCCCUUCAAGAGCAGCUUGAGGAGGAGAUGCAGAAGCUGUCCAGCGAGGAGGCGCUUCAUCAGCAGAGAGUGUCAGAGUUGAACCAACAGAUGCAGACUGUGUCCCAGGAGCUGGUCUCGCUGCAGCAGGAGAGAGACCACAGCUUUUCGUCUUUAGCCGCUUUGACAGAGGAGAGGGACCAACUCAAGGCUGACCUCCAAGAGAACAUUGAAAUGAUGAUCGAGCUCCAAGACGAACUCAGGAUUACUCAAGAGAAGAUCCGUUCCCAAAAGGAGUGUAUUCAGAAGCUGGAAGCACAGACUGCUGAGGAGUCUGCUCCUGAUCAGCCUGAAAAACAUGAGGCACAAAUCAGGACACUUAAAGUGGAACUCCAGCAUCUACAAGAACACAAGAAAAGCUCCUCAGACGAGCUGCAGACGCUGGAGUCCAGAGUGAGAGGUCUCAGUGAGGACAAAGAUCAGCUGCAGCAGACUCUUGCUGCUCUCACACAACAGAAGCAGCAGCUGCAGCAGGUCCUGGACAGCAGCACAGACUCUCUGCAGACACAGAUUACUGAGCUGGAGCAGACUCUGCACAUGGUCUCAGAGCAGAAGAAGAGUCUGGAAGAGCAGCUGCAGAACCACCUGGAGACGGAGGAGGACUGUGAAAAAGCGUACUUUAAAAUGGACAACGUUCUGAUCGACGACCGCCGCAUCCACGUGGACUUCAGUCAGUCUGUCUCCAAGAUCAAGUGGAAAGGAAAAGGCGGUAAAUACACCAAAGAUGAUUUUAAAGCGUAUGAGAAGGAUCUGGAAAGUAAAUCCAAACUGUCUCUGAAGAACCGGCCCAGACCAGAUUCAAAGUAUGAUCUGCUGCUGGACGAGCACGAGGAAGAGGAGCAGAAGAAGAAGAAGAGUCACCAUCGGUCUGACGAGAAGAACAAGAAGUCCAAACGACAGCGGGUGAGUGAGGAGGGAGGAGGGAGGAGAGAGUGA